AUAGUUACCCUAAGCGGUGCGCUUUUUUCUCCCCCACUUCCUACUUCGAAGUGCAGUGUGAGGAUUGAGACACAGCCAGUGUGUUUCUCUCUGAGUCCGCCGUGUUAAAUAGAGUCCCAAUGAGUUUCUAACUUCCAGGGUCUCCGAGGUGAGGAAUGUCUUUGCCGUGUUGGCGGAAGCUGCCCGUUAGGCAGUACACUAGAGUGCUGACCUGCAAGGGUGUACAAACUUUUGAGAGGCAGAACAAUGAACAAAGCCUGACCAAAUGUCUCCGGAGAGUGGUCAUUACCGGAAUUGGACUUGUGUCUCCACUGGGGACGGGGACAACUCUGCCUUGGGAGUGUCUGAUCGCUGGAGACAGCGGGAUCGUGGCCCUGGACCCAGACGAGUACAAAGCAGUGCCGUGUAAAGUAGCAGCUCGGGUUCCUCGAGGACAAAGUGAGGGAGAGUUUCGAGAAGAAAUGUUUGCUUCACGUGGUGAGAUAAACAGCAUGUCUCAGGCCACAGUGAUGGCCCUUGGCGCGGCUCAGCUGGCCCUGCAGGACUGUGGGUGGUAUCCCCGAACCCCUGAGGAGCAGCUGAGUGCAGGGGUGGCUGUAGGCAUGGGCAUGGUGCCUUUGGAGGAGAUCGCUAGCACUGCCGCUGCUUUUCAGACACGUGGCUACAGCAGAGUGAGUCCCUUCUUUGUCCCUCGUAUCCUGGUCAACAUGGCCGCUGGUCACAUCAGCAUCAAGCACAAGCUGAAGGGACCCAACCAUGCUGUGUCUACUGCCUGUACCACAGGGGCUCAUGCCAUUGGAGACGCCGCUCGCUUCAUCAGCCACGGAGAUGCCAUGGUGAUGCUGGCUGGAGGAACCGAGGCUUGUGUCAGCCCUCUUUCCAUAGCAGGCUUUGCACGUGCUCGGGCUCUGAGUACCAGCUGGAACGAACAGCCCAAGCUGGCGUCUCGACCCUUUCACCCAGAACGAGGAGGAUUCGUAAUGGGCGAAGGUGCAGCCGUGCUGGUUCUGGAGGAGUAUCAGCAUGCCGUAGAGAGAGGAGCACGGGUUUAUGCUGAGGUGCUGGGAUACGGACUCUCGGGAGAUGCCAGUCACAUCACAGCCCCUUCUGCAGAUGGAGAUGGAGCUUUCAGGUGCAUGUCUGCUGCUCUGCAUGACGCUGGCGUGUGUCCAUCAGACGUGACGUAUGUGAACGCCCAUGCCACCUCGACACCACUAGGGGAUGCUGCAGAGAACACUGCAGUAAAGAGACUCUUCCAGCAGCACUCGCAGUCUCUCGCUGUUUCCUCCACUAAAGGGGCCACUGGGCAUCUUCUGGGAGCAGCCGGUGCUCUGGAGGCAGCUUUCACAGCACUCGCAUGCUACCACGCAAUCCUGCCUCCGACUCUGAACCUCGACCGAACUGAGCCUGAGUUUGACCUGAACUACGUCCCCUGUGCUGCCCAGCCCUGGAGGACAGGAGGCAGGAGAAUCGCACUCACUAAUUCGUUUGGAUUUGGAGGCACGAACGCUUCUCUGUGUCUGGCCAGUGUGUGAGAUUUCCCGAAUGAUCCACUGAAGACUGCAGAACUCACAACCUGUCAAAAGUUUGGACACAUGACCGUGAACUGAAGAUUGUAUUAAAUACACGAAAAUUACAGUUAAAUUACGAUUCAACUUGGUUUCUGAGAUAAGUGUAGAGCUUAGCUGAAGUAGUAAAGAGCUCAGCCUGUUCAAGAAAAAACUCCUGCGUGAAGCACCAGCAUGACACAGACUGAGAACAGUGGGAAGCUUUAUCAGGAAGAGUGUUAAAAAUAUAAAAUAUAAACUAGUUUGAUUUGUUUAACGUUGUUCUUGGCUCAUAUGAGUUACUUCAGUGUCUUUGCAUGAAUGUCAAAGUGGAGAAAAUAGUAAAAAAUUAAGGAAAUCCA